UUAGUGCCUGCAGUGUACCGGCGCCCCCAUCGGUGACUACGCGCGUACGCAGAUAUCACUGCCGAAGAUUACACGAUAAAGUGAAAAAGUUUCGCGUUUAUGAGUGACACAAGUGCCAGCACAAUGAAUCUGAAACUGAACAACGAGGUAAGAAGCUCUGUCAACUUGCUUCAUAAAGAGCCUUCCACUGUAAAGGAAGAAAGGCGUCGUACGGGUCGAUAUAUAGCGAUUCUUGUAGGUAUAAGUUUGUUCCUGCUGGCGUUGUACCAUGCGUGGGUUAGGCGGAUACCAGUGGUCGCCAGUCUGGUGGUGCCUGCUCUGAUAAUGUUCGUCUACGUCGGCUGGGUUUUGUAUACUGCAUCGAGGGAUAAGAAGAGGCUGCUAGCGGCCGCAGAGGCAGCUUUAAAUGCCGCUAUGCCAGCGAAUGGCGAAAUCAACGACCGAACAUCAGAUUUGUCACAUAGCAAUAUAGAGAUAUCUGUUAUUCCUAACAGAGAAACAAAAAUCAGCACACCCGAAGACGCACCAAAAGAUUGGUCUGAAAUCUCUUCUGUGUUUCUUAAGGGAGACCCGAAACCUGAAGACAAAAAUAUUCAUUUUGUCAAACCUAUAAUUUUAAUAAAUGAUAAGUUACCAGAAGACUUAGAUCAGAAAUGGACGAAUAUUGUCGAAACGUUAACAAAUAACGAAAGAUUAAAAGGUUUUCAGACACGGAGAAAGUUCAAAAGAAAAUUCUGUAGGAAGAAACGACAUGCAACUUUUAAAAGAUCAUAUUCGAUAGGUUGAGCUAUUCAGGUUUAGACAAUAAGUAGUACUAAUAAUGUUUAUAUUCAAUAAUACUGUUUUAAGUUGAUUGAAAUCGCUUGCGUAUACUAAUAAUUUGAAAAAAUAAUCAUUAGAUAAAAGCAGAACUAAGA